ACUGGGAAAGAGAAGGACGGAAGAAAGGGUACUUUUCGAAACUAAAAUCAAAUCAAGCACAGAACCAGGAGAGACUAGAGAGUGAGAGACUAGAGAGAGAGAGAGAGAGAGUAUAUAUAAAGUGAACUCUCUCGCUCGUCGUUUCUCCAUUUUUUUCUCUGCAACUCUCUUCGAAACCUUGGCCGACCUUCACAUAGUCAUGAUUUAUUCUCUAUGGAUUCCUGUGAAAGCCCUCUUCUUUUUGAUCUAGCAGUCUUCAGGAGCAUCAUCAGAAAACAACUGUUCAGAAGCGUUCAUGUUUAUCGAUUCGAAGAUGGGCAGGAGAAGAGAUUGGAGAGAGAGUUUAUUUUCUCGCCCACUUCUUAUGUGGAAAUGCAAGCUCACCCUGCUCACCCUUUUCUCAAAUUGUCCAAGCAUCGCGUGUCUGAUUUCACCAAGGGUCGGAUGAUUGGGCUUUGGUCCUGUAUAUUUGCUUUCAACGCCGAUACUCCUUGUCCUCCUUCUCACUUUCCUUGGAUACUCAAGUUAUCGAGAAAUCCCAAAUUGAAAGCCAUCCCAAUGCUGGCAGAUGAUAUUGAAAAGGCAUUCCAAUUGAGUUCUGGAACAAAAAACAAAAAGGUCCAGCAAUUUGCACCCAAGGAAACCUGUGAAGAAAAGAAAGAUCAAAUGCUUGAUCAGGAUCUUAACAGUGUUUCUCCCCCCCUUCAUAUGGAAGAAUUAUUGGAGAAUCAACAAAGUGAUGAAGCUGUACCAGAUGCAACGGGGAAGAAGAAGAAGAGAGCGGCAACGGAGCACAUAAAGAGAAUUGAGUUAUCUGAUCUUGUCAAGUAUUUUGAUCUUCCCAUAGUUGAAGCGUCAAGAAAUCUGAAUGUUGGACUCACCGUACUUAAGAGAAAGUGCAGGGAACUUGGUAUACCUCGUUGGCCACAUAGGAAGAUUAAAUCCCUGGAUACCCUUAUACAUGAUCUCAAGGAUUUACAGGAAGAUGAGAAGCUGCAGGAGUUGGAGAACCAGACAACAGCCAUGCAAGUGGAAAAGAGGAAAAGGAUGCUGGAGACAGAAAAGGAAUGUAUUGAGAGGAAACCAUCCAUGGAGAUUCAGAGUGAGAUCAAGAAAUUCAGGCAAGAUGUUUUCAAGAGAAAACACAAAGCAAGAUCUUUUGUUGACGAAUUCUCAUGAGUUUCUCCUGACUCAGAGCAUCAUUAGAUAAUAUUUAUAACUGUAAUUAAUCUCAACUUUCUCAUUUAUCGAUAUGAUUUAUAUAGAUGAAUGAUGGAUAUUGAAGCUCUUGAUUUCAUAUUCAUGAUCAUAUUCAUAGUUGAACUAAAUAAAGUGAUGAACAGUGAGGUUGGAACUU